AUGACCGGUAAUGAUAGUAUAUUCAACAAAUUAAUUGUUAAAUUGAGUAAUGAUGGGACGACGAAAAAACGAGGACUAUUUUCGAAAUUAGUUUAUAAAUUGACACCGACACAAUCAGUUGAUCAUGAUGAUGGCGAUUCAAAUUCAAUGGCUGUUGAAAAGCAGACAGAAGCAGCAAGACAAACAGGCACUAUAUGGGAUAUUAUUAGAAAAGCAGAUCAAGCAUCAUUAGAAUAUAUGUUAAGUACUGAUCCUAGUAAAGUUAAUGAACGAGGAUUUGUGGGAGAAUGUCCUUUGCAUAUGAUGUUUAUUUAUGGAACUGAUUCUCACAUAGAAAUGGCUAAGUAUGUUAUCGGAAAAUUUCCAGACGCCACUACACAAAUUUACAAUCAAGCGGAAUACUAUGGAGAAAAUGUCCUACAUAUAGCCAUUAUAAAGAAGAAUGCAGCAAUGGUAGAUUGGUUGUUAGUUGAUCCAAGUAAUAAACCGUAUAAAGAAACGUUGUUAAAAGCAACAGCAUCAGGAAAUUUUUUCAAAGAUGGACGACCUUGCUACUAUGGUGAGUAUCCAUUAGCAUUUGCUGCUUGUACAAAUCAAUGGAAUUUAGUUGAAAUUUUAAUUAACAGUGGAGCAGAUAUGGACAUGGCCGAUAGUAAUGGCAACAAUAUCUUACAUUUAUUAGUUAUUCAUAAUUUACCGAACCUUUAUACUAAAUAUAAGGCACGAUGGAUUGAAGAAAAUCAUCGUAAAAAAGGCAUAUUAAACGACGAUUUUAGUCCUCCAACUUUGGUUAAUGAAUUUGAUAAUGAAGUUCCAUUAUGGAAACGUUUGAAUAAAGAAGAUUUAACACCAUUAACAUUAGCUGCAAAAUUAGGACAAAAAGAAAUGUUUUCAUUUUUAUUAGAAGAACGAAAAAUAGUUCAAUGGACAUUUGGACCUGUUAGUUGUGUUCUCUAUCCAUUAGAUCAACUCGAUUUAGGAUUACCCGUCGAGGGUAAAGAAGUUGAGAUAGGUGGAUUAGAAUUGAUUGUGAAACACGCACAUGUUGACCUAAUAAUGCAUCCACGAAUGAUAGAUUUAAUCGAUAAAAAAUGGGAUCGAUUUGCGGGACGAAUAUUUUUUAAGCGUUUUAUGAUUACAUUGAGUUAUUUAUUUGUAUUUAUGCUUACCAUCAUAUUUGAACAAACACGAACCGAAACGGUUGAAGGAGAAGGUGAAGACGCGGUGAUAACCAGUGUUGAAUAUCCAAAAAACUACAUUUAUCUGCUGCAUCGAAUUGGUAAUGGAUUUGUGUUAGCUGGAGCACUAUGGAAAGGAAGAUGUGAAGUUAAUGAAAUGAUUGGAGCUGGUCUAAGAAAAUAUCUUAGUGCAACAGGUUCUGGUUUUGUUGAAAAUAUGUUGGCGUGUGCAUUUUGUUUUUGUAUUCUAAUGGUAAAUAUUUUACGCUUUUUUGAUAUAAGAGCAAAUAUUGCGUUUCUGGCUAUGGCAUCCAUUGCUGGUUGGGGUUAUAUGUUAUUUUUCGUCAUGGCAUUUCGAUUAACCGGACCAUUUAUUGUGAUGAUUUCUGAAAUGUUAUGCAAUGAUGUUUUAAGAUUUUGUAUUAUAUAUAUGGUAUUUUUAGCCGGAUUCUCGCAGGCAUUUUUUGUUCUUUUCAAUUUUAAUGGUUUUAGUGGAUUUUUGGAAAGUGUUAAACAAUGCUUUCUUGGCAUGUUGGGUGAUUUUGAUAUUGACACUUAUGCCCAGACAACAUUUCAAUAUGUCAGUGUCGGUUUAUUGAUUGUUUACGUUGUUGUUGUAACCAUUUUAUUGUUGAAUUUAUUAAUUGCUAUGAUGGGUGAUACAUAUGGGAAUGUAAUCGAGGGAGCAACACAAAUUUGGCAUUUGGAACGUGCUCGUAUUGUGUAUGCAAUUGAAAAUGAAAUGUCCACUGAAGCACGAAAUUUAGAAACAAAUAAAUAUUGGACUAAUGUUGAGGGUGAACGAUAUUUACAAGUAGAAGAAGUAGAUGACGAACAUUUUAGACCACACAAAAAGAAAAAGCAUGACGAUGAGAAAGAUGAUGACUAA